AUGAAGAAACAGCUAGAACUGAAGCAAUCCAAGAAUAUCAAGAAAAAGUAUAUUAAGUUGGAGAUGGAGAAGAUAGAGAAGGUGCUUUCAGCUGGUGGUUUUGAUGCGAAACAUCUAGGCGAUGAAUUUGAUCCUUUGGAGUAUGAUAAGAGGACGCAAGCACUGUUUGGUGUCAAGUACUAUGCUGAGGAGGAUGAGGAUUUCACUAGUGAUGAUGAGGAUGGUCACCAACUUCCAAAGGAUUGGCAAGCCAGAGAAAUGGCGGAGAAUGAUAGUGGUGAGGAGAUAAAAAGUUUUAAUAUAAAUUGA